CCCUCCGAGCGCUGUCCUCUCCGCGGACGGGACAAAGGCGGCGCCACCAUGGCUCUCAGCGCGGCGCUCGGCCGGGGCGACCGGGGCUCGGGCAACAAGGAUCUGGAAUCCCUCGACACCUACAUACAGAGCACACUCUCUGCCCUCUACCCACCUUUUGAGGCCACGGCAGCCACGGUGCUCUGGCAGCUGUUCAGCGUGUCCGAGAAGCUCUACGGUGGGGACGGGCUGCGCUGCCUCAUGGACUUCCUCAUCCCAGCCAAGAGGGCCCUGCAGCACCUGCAGCGGGAGGCCUGUGCCAGGUACGCGGGCCUCCUCUUCCUGCACGAAGGCUGGCCGCUGUGCAUCCGCGAGAAGGUGGUGGUGCAGCUGGCGCCCCUGCGCGGAGUCAGCCUCAGGCCUGGGGACUUCUACCUGCAGAUCGCUGUGGCGGCGGGGAGGCAGCCCGCCAGACUGGUCUUGAAACGCCUCUCCCGGCUUGGGCGAGGCUCGGAGGAAGUCGCUGUCCCUGAGACCAUGUACGGCUGUGUCUUCACGGGCCAGUUCCUGGAACUGGUGAACGGGGAGCAGAGCAGUGUCCCCUUGCAAAACUGCUUGCUGACCUCGGGCUCGGCGGUCUACCGCGCCCCCUGGGACAACGUCACAGACCCUGCCUUUGUCGCCACCACCGGCACCAACCUGCGCAGCUGCCCCAGCCGUCCUGGGCCUCAGCAGCCGCCACCCGGCAGCACCUCGGAGGCUGCAGCCCCGGCACCAACCGCGGCCAGCCCCGCUCCCCAGGGAGGCACGCCUUCCAAGCACACCCCAACCCUGCCCCGCUGCGCCGGGCGUCCCAGCAGUGACCAGCCCCGCCGUCUUCCUUCCCCAGGAAGGGCUGAGUGCGAAAGCCCCAGGACCCUGUCCGGGAGUCCCAGUGGAGGCCUCACGGGGGUUGGCCCCUCAGAGCAGGACCCCUGGGAGUGUCCUGAGAGCCCUGAAGGACCAGGAGGGAGGCUGGACCCCACGGACAGCAAGGACGGCUCCAAGGCCCUCGCCUGCCACGCAGAGGGGGGCAGCCCGAGCUCCAGGAGGCGGCCGCCCAGGGCCCCAGCCAGUGUGGAGGCCAGGCGCUGGUUCAGGAAGUCCUACAUGGAGGCCCUGCGGAACCCUAUGCCCCUGGGCUCCAGCUCUGAGGACUCCAUCGGGGACGAGGCCUGUGGCUCCCAGACCCACGGCCGCAGGGCCUGGGGGGCCAGGGCAGCGGCCAAUCUCACCCAGAAAGAGAUCCCUGGCCCUGGGGGAGACCCCCAGGAGAUCCCGAGUCAAGAGAGUGGUCCAGGAGCUGCAGGGAGAACCCUUCCCAGGAGGUCUCGAUCCUGGGAUAGGUCCCUCAGAAGCUCCCGAGGUGACACCCGGCGGGCCUCCCAGCACUUAGCCAGCACCAGGCCCGGGGGUCUCCUGGGAGGACAAGCGGCGGGGACCAGAACCACAGGCUCCAGCUGUCCAGGCAUGGUGGAGAGUCCCAGCUGCACAGGAGAGGAAGCUGGCGUCUGUGCAGAGGGCAGCAGCUUCCGAGGAAGCAGCCCCAUCCGGUGUUCAGACCUGCUUGCUGAGCCGCUGUGCCCCGAGGGUGAAGGGCGGACACCUGGCCCAGGAGACCUGCCCAGCCAGGCGCCCAGGCAGGAGCUGGAAAUCGACCAGGAGCUACUGCAGUCCGGGGUGGUCACCCUCCCAGGAACCCGAGACCGUCAGGGAAGAGCGGUGGUGCAGGUCUGUACAAGGGGCCCACUCUGGUCCAGCGAACACACGUCCAGUGCUGAGCUAACCCGUCUGCUGAAGUACCUCCACACCAUCCCCAGGAAGGAGGUGCGGGAGCUGGGGCUGGUCAUCCUGGUGGACGCACGCAAGAGCCUGGCCGCCCCCGCCCUCUCCCGGGCCCUGGCAGCCCUGCAGAACACAUCUCCUCCCUUAAUUCAUAGUAUUUUGCUGCUGGUGGAUAAAGAAUCAGCAUUUAGGCCUGACAAGGAUGCAACAAUUCAGUGUGAGCUGGUGGGUUCCCUGAAGGCCCUGCACAAACUUGUCGACAGCUCCCAGCUGACUGCAGACCUCGAGGGCUCCUUUCCCUACAGCCACAGUGCCUGGAUCUGCUUCCAUCGGAAGCUGGAACCCUUCACCUCAAACUGCAAGGAAGCCAUUGUUUUCCUACAAAAUUCAGUCCACUCCCUGAACACCCACAGGACCCCAAGCACAGCACAGGAGGUCGCAGAGUUGAUCGGCAAGCACAGGGCGGUGAUGAAGCAUGUCCUGGAAGACGCACGGCUGGUGGCCCUCCGGCUGGAAGGCGGCACCGUGCUGGCACGGCUGAGGAGGGAGGAGCACGGCGCCGGCCAAGACUACCAGGACACCAUCGAGGCUGCCUGCAGGCUGUACAACCAAGUGGACGAAGAGGUCCACAGGCUGGUCCUCGCCUCCAACAGGUGUCUGCAGGAGCUGGAGAGUCUGCAGGCACUGAAGAAGCUCCAGGAGCGAGGACACCAGUCAGGGCUCCAGGGGGGAGGCGACCAGGUCAGUGUCCUGGGAGAGGUGACCAGUCAGGGCUCCAGGGGGAGCUCACGAGUGGGGCGGGGCCAUUGGAGGCCCCCUGCUGGGCCCAUGUCCGGAGAUGCCACCUCUGACCCCCGAGGGGAGGGCCUCCUGCACGUCAGGGAGGAGAUCACAUCGUGGUUUGAAAAAGAAAGAGAGAAAUUCCUUGGGCCUUUGGAGCUGCUCUCUCUGGGGAACACAAAGCAGUGGCAGGCGUCCCAGGCUCUCCCGGACGGGCUGACGCAAUAUCGUCCGAAAGGGCUGCGGCUGAUGGAAGAGGACUUGCAAGGCGCAGAGGAAGGGACCCAGGCCUUCAGAAGGAGUCUGAGCGCCAAGGCCGGCCUGGCUGAGCGGAGGGAGGGCGAGCUGGCCAGGCAGGCCCGCGGGUCCGAGUUCUGCGAGAUGGUGAGCGGGCGGACACUGCGGUGCAGUCAGUGCCUGGAGCACCUGGACCCAGAGCUGGUCACCGAGGGUCUGACGCGCUGUCGCCGGGAGGCCGUGCAGAGCUUCCCCAGGGCGAGUGUGGUGGUGGUGGGCCCCGGCGGCCACUGGGCGCUGCCACGGGGCCAAACCUUGUGGCUGCAGAGCCGGCAGACCCGCCGCCGCUGGCAAGAGGCCUUGGAGAGGCGGCCCCGGGCCCCGGCACCCUGCCUCUGGGCUGGAGCCCCCCGAAGCACGAGCUUGCCCAGGGACCCGAGGGGCAGCCCCUUGAGCCUGCCUGGACCCCUCCCGCUGACCCCGAGGCCCGAGCUGGGGAGUGGGCCGGACAAGCUGCUGUGUGUGGCCAGGAAGGACAGCAGCUGCACGUGCUGCUCCGCCCGCCCCAGGAAGCACCCCCUGAAGAAAAUUAGGGAGAAAACACAAAGCUUCGCGACUCCUCAGCUUGACAGUGGCCCCAGGGACUCCCUCCGGCUGGGCCACACUGGGGUCUUUAUCAAAGGCCUGGAGGUGGCCAGCGCCACCGUGGCCUCAGAGAAGCCCCCGCUGAGGCCACGCGCCGAGAACCCUCGGCUCCCUCGGAACCGGAGUCUGUCCUCUCCCUCCAGGAUCCACCCCUCCGAGGAGGGUGGGAAGGGGCGAGCUGGAAGCCGCCGACCGCAGCACGUGAUGGCCGAGAUGAUCUCCACGGAGAGGCAGUACGUUAGGUCCUCAGGAUGUGUCAUCAACAACUAUUUUCCAGAAAUGGAAAGGACGGACCUGCCCCAGGACCUCCGAGGGAAGCGCAGCGUCAUUUUCGGGAACUGGGAGACGCUCUACGCCUUCCACCGCGGGCACUCGGGGCUGGAGCGCUGCCGGCACUGCCCCUGGGCCGUGGGCCACGCGUUCCUGAGAUAUGAGGAGCAGCUUGGCAUGUCCGCGCUCUACAGCAAGAACAAGCCCCGGGCGGACGCCCUGCUCUGCAGCCACGGCAACGCCUUCUUCAGGGACAAGCCGCGGGAGCUGGGCGACAAGAUGGACCUGGCCUCCUACCUGCUGAAGCCCGCGCAGCGCGUGGCCAAGUAUGCUCUGCUCCGGGCCCUGGUCAAGGAGGCUGGCGGCUGCCCCGCCCGUUAGCAGGAGCUGGGGGAGCUGAGGGCCGCCGAGGACGCGGUGCGCUUCCAGCUGCGCCACGGCGACGGCCUGCUGGCCCUGGACGCCGUCCGCGGCUGCGACGUGGAUCUGAAGGCGCAGAGGCAGCUGAGAUGCCAGGACGAGUUCCUCAUUUGCUGCAGAAGGAAGAAGCACCUGAGGCGCGUGUUUCCGUUUGAAGACCUCAUCCUGUUCAGCAAGACCCAGAAGGUGGACGGAGGCCACGAUGUGUACGCGUACAAGCAGUCCUUCAAGAUGGCAGAGAUUGGGAUGACGGAGAACGUCGGGGACAGUGGCUUGAGGUUUGAGAUCUGGUUCCGCAGGCGGCGGAAAUCCCAGGACGCCUACGUUCUCCAGGCAAGCUCCGCGGAGGUCAAGACCGCCUGGACGGACGUGAUAGGGAGGAUCCUGUGGCGGCAGGCUCUGCGGAGCCGAGGUGGACAGAGCGGCUGGAGGGCGCUCGGCGUGCAGGGCCAGCUCGGGCUGGGCUUGGGCUGGGCUCAGGGCUCGUGGCCCCUGGCCUCCUGGACGCUGUGCCGAUGGCCAGCCUGUGGUCUCCCCACAGAACUCAGGACACAGGAGCUGGUGUCCACGGGGAUAGGCGGCAAGCCGUUCAUGGACGUCAAGCCCAGCAACGCGGCCAUAAGCAACCGGGCCGUCAGUUACACCGGAGGGGAACAGGUUAGCGGCCACAGCCCCGGCUCUCGCUCGACCCCGCCAACUCAGACCCAGGCGCCGCAGUGCGCCGGGCCCCACGGGCCAACACAGGCACGGACCCCAGCGUCCAGAGCCGUGCCCUCCUGUGACCACACCGCCCUCAAGGGACCGCACCCCACCCUCUCAGACAGCAGCACACCUUCCUCCAGCGGCCAGUCCUCCUGCGCCCUGGGGCCGCUGCCCCCACACGCGCCCACAAGCCCUGCCCGCUGCCCCUGUGCGUACGGCGUCCACACCUGCAUCGAGGAGGACGAGCUGGAGCAGGAGGCGGGGCGCCAGCCUCCCCUGCGUGAGCGCACGCGUGCGCUGGAGCCAGCUCACGUGUUUAUCAUUUCACCUGAUUUCAUGUACUGCCAAAGGUUUCCAAAGAGAUUAGAAAUUUUCAUUUACUUAAAAAAAAAUUUCCGCUUCCACUCAAGACAAGGUAACAGGGAACAAGUUUAAAACAAACAAGCAAAAAGAAAAACCAGACCAAACAAACCAAGUGCCCUCCGAAGCCCAAAAUGUGCCACUGCCACCAUGAAGUCGCCCCUGAGGGCGUCCCCACCCACCACAGAGGUGCCUCUGUGCAAAGUGUUGGGCGUGAGCUGCUCAGAGCAGGCAGUGGCCACGGGGAGCACGCACCGUCGCCUGCCCAGAGCCACCGCGCUCUCCUGGACACGUCGCUCAGGCUCCAGGACCGCGGGCGGCUCCCAUCUGGGCUGCGGCAGCCUCUGGUCAGCCCGAAUCUGGA